AUGGAGGAGGGGCUACUGGGCUGGCGUAAACAUGCACCCCGCGAUCGGGCAGUGGUGCCUCAGCAGAUCGCCGGUCUCCUCGGCUUUCGCCGCACCGCGGUCGUCAUCCUGACAGCCAGCCUGUCCGACUCGAAUCUGGAUGCGCACGGGUUCGCAACGCUCGUGCCGAAACCGCAACGGAGCGUGCAAGCAUAUGGCCCGCCGCAGGGGGAUGCGUCGGAAGCCCCGCGAAUGAUCGUGAUGCCAGGAACGACGAUGCCCUCAUGCCGGCACACACGAGCAGCCCGACUGUCAGCGCGUUUUCUCACCCUAGACGAGUACACAUUACAUGAACGCGAGCGUGCCGCGAGUCCAAUCCGACAAAUGGCGGGCGCCGUCGCUGCUAGCACGCCCAACGGGCGGGCUCUGCCCACGCAAAUUGCAAUAUCGCCAGCACCCCGGGGGCGAUGUCGUAACGUGCUCUCGUCCGGCGCGGCGGGGGGACACACGGCAGGCACCGCGCCCGCGCCUGCGCUCGCGCUCGCGCACUUGACAGGAUCUACCAACAGACCCACCGCGGUUCGCAGGCCGCACAGGAGCCCUUGUCCGCGCGGCCCCGGUACUUCUAGUCGUUGCGCGGUGCCUCGCGGUAUCUCCGGAUCCCGCCCGCACCAAAACGGAUCACUCGAGCCCCCUCUAGCAUCUGGCGUCCAGCAUCUGCUGAGCUCGCCUUACGGCAUGCUGUGUAGCCCUGGCGCCGCCGGAGAGGGGCUGCUCUGCCAUAACAGCGGAACCCCACCGCAUUCCAAUGGCACGUUUUCGAAUCCUCCAGCAAUCGCACCGCUUUCACGGACGGAUGAUCGAAUGACGGCAGAGAUAGAGAGAUGGAUCACAGGGCAGGCGCCCAAGCCCAUCUGGCCAUAUGCGUCCAAGUAUGCGUCCUGCCGCCGGGCCUUGACCGACAUCACGAUCACUGGUGACGUCCCCACAGCGAUGCAGGCACCUUCUAGCGCGAGAGAGGCCGGCAUGCACGCAUCUGCGCAUGCGAGUCGGCGCGCCCGGAGAACACGGGGCGCAGGAACAGGAGGAAAGGGGAAAGGGGAAGCGCGACACGGCCGCUUGGCCUUUGGCUUUGGCUUUGGCUUCGGCUUUGGCUUUGGCUUUGGCUUCGGCUUCGGCUUUGGCUUUGGCUUUGGCUCCCCGCACGGUUUGAUGACCGACAGACCGAGCCAGGACGCCGAGGUGAAGAAGCAGAAGCAGCCCUGCCGCGGUGCGGGCCUGCCUGGCUGCCAGACAGGCAAGAUGGAAGGGGACCGCAAAUCCAAUAAGGCUGUGGACACCAUCUACGGGAAUAACGGAGCUGGGUCUCGCGCUCAGCCAGCUGAGCGCGCGCCCGUUGCAUCUGCAUCUGCAUCUGCAUCUGCGCAUGACAAGGAGCUCGCCGCCGAUGGCGCCCAGCGCGCGGCCGAAUUUUGA